AUGACAUUAACAGAGAAAAACAAAUCGCACCACUUUUGUUUUAGAGUUAGGAACUGGGCCCAAAAAUUGGGAGGAGAGCUUUGGCAUUUCGGCGAAUUGGUUACUAGGAAAACUAAGGUCAAAGAUAGCUAUAAAGACACCACCGUUAUAGUUGAGAAGGGGGAUGCCCUUUUGAGGAAUAUACACGAAAACAUUUCCAACAUGAUGAAACAGAAAAUAGAGAUAGUCAAGAGAAUCGCCCACGAAGCAGAAGAAUCGGCUCAGGACGAGAAAGAAAGCAAAGUCACAGACGACUUUCAAUUCUACAACGCCAAAAACCUGAAAAAUUCUCUGGAAAACACCUCCACUGAAGAAACUACGAAGGAAUCAGAUCUAGAACCUCAAGAACUCCGCUACGACGACUCCUUCAUAUCCGCGAACCACCUAGGAGGUCAGUACCAGGCGAUGGUCCAACCCGAGGAAGUAGACGGAUACCAACAGGACCAGGAUCAGAAUCAGGAUUCACCCGAGGACAGUUCCGCGAAAGAAGAAAAAUCCGAAGAACCACCAGAGGUCAGCGAUGGAACGAAAAAAGAUCCGCAAGCCAGGGAGACGAAGAAGCAGGACAAAUCAAAGUUGCCUUUGUACAGAAACAGACAAUUUUAUAAUAUUCCCGUGAAUACCAACUACAGUGCCGUCCACGUGCCUAGUAACGUUUACGAAAGAUCGACAGACGUCAUAUUUGGCAUAUACUGGUCGGAAAAAUUAGACCACUUCUUCAAAAACAACUACAACAAUGACCCAACACUGUCAUGGCAGUAUUUUUGUAGUUCCACAGGGUUCAUGAGACAAUUUCCAGCCAUGAUUUGGUCCCAGGAACCCAUAGAUCUAUUCGAUUGCCGGACAAGAUCCUGGUACAUCGAAGCGGCGGCUUCACCGAAGGACGUCGUCAUCCUAGUCGACAGAUCUGGGUCCAUGACAGGGAUGAGGAGAGAGAUAGCUAGACAUGUGGUCCAUAACAUAUUAGACACUUUAGGAAAUAACGAUUACGUUAACAUAUACACUUUCAGCAACACUACAGAUCCCUUGGUGGAGUGUUUCGACAAGAAAUUGGUCCAGGCAAAUUUGGCUAAUGUUAGGGUGUUGAAAGAGAGCAUGACAAACUUCAAGACGGAACAGAUUGCUAACUUCUCUCUGGCGCUCAUAACAGCUUUUGAGCUGCUUCAAGAAUACAGGGAGAAUCAGAAAGGAGCCAACUGCAGCCAAGCCAUCAUGUUGGUGACUGACGGCGUCCAAUACAAUUACAAAGAAAUUUUCGAAAAAUACAACUGGGGUAACUUGUCUGAUCAUAUGAAGGCCAAGGCCAGAGUAUUCACUUACCUCAUUGGUAGAGAAGUUUCCGACGUCAGAGACGUGAAAUGGAUGGCCUGCGCCAAUCAAGGUUAUUAUGUACACUUGAGCACCUACGCCGAAGUCCGAGAAGAAGUCUUACACUACAUCCCGGUCAUGGCUCGUCCCAUGGUGUUAAGUGCACCGAGGAAGCCAAAGGCCACCUGGAGUCCCGUAUACGCGGACGUGACCGACCCCAAAUUGACCAACUGGUUGUGGGUUAACCGCGAGAGGAACAGACAAAGAGAAAGAUUCUUGGGAUUCAGCAAAUUAAGGCAUCUGCUCUCGCCGGACACCAUCGACAAGAAGUUCGUUCACCAACAGAAAACAAAACAAGACAACUACGGGGACACCCAGACCUACCACCUUAUGACGUCCGUCUCCCUGCCAGUGUACGACAAGCGACCGCUACAGGAGAGGGUGGCAAAUUUAUUGGGUGUGGCUGGUUUGGAUGUCCCCAUAGAAUAUAUACAAAGACUGAUGAUGCCUUACACGUUGGGGGUGAAUGGGUACGCAUUUUUGGUUACUAAUAACGGGUACAUCUUAACACAUCCAGAUCUGAGGCCUGUGUACCAAGGAAUUCUCAAACCUGCCUAUAACAGAGUUGAUAUGAUAGAAGUAGAGAUUUUGGACGACGAAAAUGAACCUAGAGACUUCGACGACGUUGUCAAGGAGUUUAGAAGGAAAGUUAUAAUGCAGGAAACCGGAAAUAUCACCCUCGGAGUAAAGUCUCACAUAGAUGAUAUGAGGAGGAUAAUAUUGAUGACCAGGCACUAUUUUUACAUGGGCAUAGAAGACACCCCGUUUAGUUUAGUGAUAGCAUUGCCGCACAAGUACGGUUUCAACAGGGUGCAACACCCUGUAGAGAAUGACAUUCACAGGAUAAGGUCUAAUGAUAAAAUCAAAGGGUCUCUCACGCAGUUCUUCACCGGGAAUUGGACCAUACACCCAGACUGGCAUUAUUGUCGCUACCUAGAUGACAGGGAAUACUUUGAGAACCCCGAGGAAGAGUUUUUGCAUUUUUUGAGGAAGAUGGAAGGACCUGGAUGGAAGUGGACAAAAGAAUGUGACAGAAAAUUGAUCUGUAAAGUCGUAGCGGACGCCAAGAUUACUGCCUGGUUCAACCAAAAUAUAACAACUGCGACUAAAGAAGAGAACGGAGCCGAACUUGUUAGGAAAAUCGGCAUCGUUGUGGCCUUCAUGGCGACCCACAGUGGCCUAACUAGGUGGCAAAAUUUCCCCCAAAACAUUGAGAACCCCGAGGACGAACCUAAUUUUCGAAUCCUCCACAACAAGGCGAUCGAUGAGAUUUGGUACAAAAGGGCGGUCGAACACCACUACGUCGACCCCAGCAACUUUGUCUACUCCGUACCUCAAGAAGUUGGAAACGAGAGCAACAUUUUAGUCACAGUAAGCCAUGCCAUAUUCAAAGAGGAAACAUCUAGGAAGGCACCCGCAGCAGUCGUUGGUUACCAGUUUUACCACAGCGCGCUGCAUUCGCUUUUUACGAAAAUUACAACCAGCUGUGGUGACAUGGCCUGCAAGAGGACCUGCGAGUCUGAGGAAAUACACUGCGUCUUACUAGACGACAAUGGAUUCGUCAUCAUCAGCGACCACCUCCAGGAAACUGGGUACUUUUUCGGGAAGAUACGGUCGGAUAUUAUGAGCUAUCUGGUGGAGGAGGGUAUUUACAAGGUCACCAAGAUGUACGACUACCAAGGACUGUGCCCCGAGAAGCAGGACACGUCUAGUCCGGCGGCGAAGUUUCCAUCGCCUAUCAUUCAUCUCUCCAGUAUCCUCAACUGGGUCGCGGGUACUAUGCUCUUUUUUGCUCAAUCGGUGCUGGGGAACCACUUCGAGUCCUUUUCCUCUGACCCUGGAAUGUACCCCGACCAUCACGGUAGAGACCACAUGUACGACGAAGACCACCAAUAUGAAAACGACCAUAUGAUACACGAUGACGAGUCUGCCGAUAUGCCUUACGGGGAAAAGGAUUUUAUACAGAGAUACGUCAUUCCAAAGACCAAGCCCGAGCCUUGCGAUCACAUAAUAUGGCUGUACUCUUUAGUUCACUACACUGAGAGAAAUAUUUCAAACAGUGGGUACAAUAAGACCAUGGCGGAUUGCACUAGGCCAUAUAUGGUCCAAAGAGUCUCAGGCAGCAACAUGAUCCUCCUGGUUAUCAACAACCUGUGCAAAGAGAACGAGAAUAUGAGGGUCUCAUUGCCCGAACCCCUACAAGUCGACUAUAACAUGUCAUUGGCCUGCUACCGGGCUCUGAAUAACGAUUUCCCUCGAAGGCUCUACAUGAGUUGCAUCAAGAGCAACAGUAAUGAAAGUGAGAUUAAACUUUGCGGGAAAGCAACCAACAUAUCACCCCUACCAGUCAUUCCCAUUCUUUUGUAUACUAUAUUCCAAGUUUUUAUCUAGAUUUAGCUCAACAUUUUUCCAACAACUGUGAUAUAAACUAGAUGUAGCAUCACUCAAUGUAACUAAAAUAAAAUUAUUUGAAUAGUUUAACUUAAAUAUAUUACAGACUUGUUAAAUUCUAGUUGUACAUGUCAAAAUUUUUUACGAAAAAUAGUGUUACGGGGACUUAAAUUCGAAAUACUCAGAAAUGAAGUUAAAUUUAAGUUUAACUUUAAGUUGAAUGUAUUGAGCAAACAUAUCGGGCUGUAUCAUUGGGCUAAGUCUAAAUAAAGAUUUAAGUACCUUCUGAUUUGUACAGUAGUUAGCAGAAUAAAAUGUGGAUCAUUUAGGAACUAUUUCUGCAUACAACUGUAUAUUAUUUUUUUGUUAUACCCAUAUGUUGGUUAUAGUUAAAUUGCAGUUUCUUAUAAGUAGUUACAGACUCAAUUAAUAUAUUUACAUAUAUUUCUGUUAUAUAUAUAUUAAAGAAUAUAUCAUUAUCUUUGCCCUUUAUUGUUAAAUCAACAAGUUUAGGCAGUUAAAAAAAUAGGUACAGGCGUUGAUGUACCUACGUAUUAUUAAUCAUUGUUUUAUUUACUACAUACCUGUUAAAUUUGUAUUCGUUGAUGUUGUAUAGCAAUGUUUUAGUUAUAUAAGUAUACAGGCUGUCUACUAUAAGAAGGCCACUCCUAUGUAUCUCACUUAAUACACGAUGCAUGUC